CUCCUUUGUUGUGGAUGUCGCACAAUGCGUGUAUAUAACCAACCCUUUAAGCUAUUGUGAGUUAUAUGUAAGUCAGCCAAGCACCACUUUAUACAUUUAGAAAAUGGCAAUGAUCAUCUUCAUUGUCCUGUCUUUCUUUCUCCAGGGAGCACUUGGUGAAAUUAUAUGUGAGCAGCUGCCUGUUCAGAUGUGCACCUUUUCAGUUGCAUCAACAGGAAACCGAUGUGUAUUAGAGUCGUAUGUCUCAAAUGCCGGAAGUACAGAGUUGCAAUGCAAGACCUCAGAUGUAUUUGCCGAAAACGUGGCUCAAUGGAUUGAGGAUGAUCACUGUGUAGAAGUUUGUGGAGUCGACAGAAAGACAGUUGGAAUUUCCUCAGACUCUCUGUCCGAGCCUCGGAUCAUUGCCAGUGUCUGUUCAACAGCAUGUUAUGAUAACUGCCCUAAUAUUGUUGAUCUAUACUACAACAUGGCUCUAGCAGAAGGAUCCUACCUUCCAAAUUUGUGCAAGGCACAGAAUGCAAUGUCUCGUCGCGAAAUGAGUCAAGUUAAUGCUUGGGCUCCAGCUGCAGCUAAUGCUGAAUCCGAUAAAUCUGAUGCUUGGGCACCAGCUCCAGUUGGUGCUAUACCUAUAAUUCCUAUUCUUUUCCCACCGACUCCAGCUCCAGUUAGUGUCAUACCUGUAAUUCCUAUUCUAUUCCCACCGGCUCCUGCUCCAAGUCACGCUGAAUCUGCUGAAUCUGUUGCCUCGGCACCACCUUCAACUAUACCUUUUGUACCUCUUCCUUUGGCACCAACUCCACUUGUUGCACCUCCCUUCCCUAUUUCCUGGCCUCCAGCUCCAGUUCCAGCCUCAGAUAAUUAAUUUCGUCAUUUCCCAUGGAUUCAGCAUGAUUCAUGAAGAAUAAAUUCGGCUGUAACUCAUUCGAAGAGCAUAUCUGAUGUAUGGAUUCAUCUUGUUUAAAAGUGACUGAUAUUAAAGAUAUUUGAAUUUUGAUUAGUUCA